AUGCAGAACGACGACCCCGAGUAUAGUAUCGCGAGAUGCCAGAUACUCGUCAGAGAUGCCCAGAGAACCCUUGAGACCGCCGGAAAAUGGAGCCUUUCAGACGGCCUUCUGGAUGUGCUCAACCGUCUCCCACAACUAUCCAGUCGAUUCCGUCGAAAGGAUCAAGAUGUCAAAGACCUUCGUCAAAAGCUCACAGUCGAACAUCAGUCCCGUCUCGAUACACAGCAACGAGAGCAGGCGCUUCUGGAGAAGGUCAAGCUUCAAGAAGACACCAUCAAGAAGCAGCUUGCCACACUUCGAGCUCUGAACAAUGACCUCCAGGCUGCCAAAGUUGAUGCCAAACGACAAUACGAGAAAGGCUUCAAGACUGGUCAGGAAGCUGAAAAGAACCGACAGAACCAACCAGAUAGCGACUUUGAGGAUCUCAUUCGACGUCAACUCGUCAGGGGCACUGAGAAGUUCAAUGCUUAUGACUUCGCUGGUGCUCUGACGCUGUUGAAAGAAGCUCAGAACAGCAUUCUAUCGCUACCAGCUGCUCGAAGGCCACUGUUCGACAACACGAAGCUACGUUAUCAGAUGGCAAUUUCUGGAGCGUAUGUCAACGACCUGGCUGCCUCUGAGAGAUCCCUGUCGAGCUUUGUACAAGCGACCUUCUCCAAUGCGAGCAGUCGAGAGGAGAUGCUGAACCUCGCUCAUGCCCAGCAUCUUCUUGCUCAAGUCUACAUUGGCCAAGACAAUGUUCAGGAUGCACAAAAUACUUGCAAACAUUCGAACGAGAUUCGAUGGCAAUACCUCCAAUCGACAGACAACCGCCGAUACCAGUCUGCUGCAUUGUCUGCCAGGUUGGUCGAGUUGCAAGGCCAGAGAGGAGCAAGUCUACUGAGGGAAGCCAUUCGCGACCCCGCGGUGAGAGAUGUAUUGAAGGAGGCGUAUUCGAAGCUGAAGCCGUUGCAAGCUGGAGGCAACCCCAGGAACGAACCGUAUAUCUUGUCUGAGCCGGCCACCGAGUUGUUACCCAUCUGGACGAUGAAGACGCAGGCGAAACAACCAGUCAACAAUCCACCAAAGGCAGACGGCAAGGACAAGGCCAAACCGCAAGCACCACCCACCGUCCCCCAGGCCAAACUCACCGAAUGGCUCAACGCCCUGGAUCUCAGAUCCCACGAUAACGAAUUUCUCGACCGCAGCCUCGAACAAGCCAUCCGCAGCUCCGACGUUCAAAAAGUCUCCCAAAUCCUCUCUUCCUCACCACCAAUCCGCCCCGUCGCUCCAGCCCUCCAUAUCGCCGCCCUAGCCAACGACCUCCAAACCGCCACACUCCUCCUAGCCCACGACCCAUCGCUCGCCAAAAUCUCCUGCACAGCAAAGUCCGCCGCUGGCAAGAACCUGCACGGCGUCCUGCCUAUGCACCUCGCCGUCGGCGCUCAACACGCCCAGAUGAUCCGUCUCCUGCACUCUCACGGCGCAGACCUCCUCGCCGUCUCGGACAAGAAGCAUAAGAACUCCGCCCCGCCUUUGUGGCUCGUGAGUGAGCGAUGGCUCAGUUGGACUGGGAAAGAUAAAGUUGAGGAAGUCGUGGGGAUUUUGGAGUUGCUGAGAGGACUUGGAUGGAGGAAGGGGGAUCGGAUUAAUCGAGAGGGGUGGAGAAUGGGAGACUUGGUGGUGAGGAAUUUGGAGAGUAGGAAGGCUUUGAAGAGGGGGUUGUUGGGGUAUUUGGAUUCGAUUCCUCAGUAG